UUUAAAGUUACAUUAUAAUCUGUUCUUAUAACCGAGUCAUUACAUGUCUUCUGAGUACUAAUUUCAAAUGUAGAAAACAUCAUACUGGGUACAUUUUCUUCAGUGCUUAGACGGCCAUGGGAACCGGUAUCUAUGAACACCUCAAAUCUCAACCGCCAUGGCUUCUUCUACUUCUAUCUCUCGGCCUUUUCAAACUUCUCGCCUAUUCACUAACCAUUCUAAAAUGGGUCCGCGCCAAUUUUCUCCGGCCGGCCAAGAAUCUGAAGAAUUACGGCUCCUGGGCGCUGGUAACGGGCGCGACGGACGGGAUCGGAAAGGCCUUCGCGUUCCAGUUAGCUCGGAAGGGGCUAAACGUAGUCCUCGUUGGCCGAAACCCGGAGAAACUGAGAGACGUUUCCGGCGGGAUAACGGCCAAGUACGGGCAGAUCGAGGUGAAGAGUGUGGUGGUGGAUUUUUCCGGCGAUUUGGACGACGGGGUCCGGAGAAUCCGGGAGGCGAUCGAGGGGAUUGAGGUGGGAGUGUUGGUUAACAACGUGGGGGUUUGUUAUCCGUAUCCGAGGUUUUUCCAUGAGGUGGAUGAUAAGCUGCUGGGGGAGGUGAUUAGAGUGAACGUGGGAGGGACUACUAAGGUUACUCAGGCGGUUUUGCCGGGGAUGCUCCGGCGAAAGAGAGGGGCGAUUGUGAAUAUUGGGUCCGGUUCCGCCAUUGUUAUCCCUUCAGCUCCCCUUCACGCCGUUUAUGCCGCCACCAAAGCAUACAUUGAUCAAUUUUCAAGAAGUCUUUAUGUGGAGUAUGGAAAAAGUGGGAUUGAUGUGCAAUGUCAAGUACCAUUAUAUGUGGCAACCAAAAUGAUAUCAGUCCGGAAAUCAUCAUUCUUUAUUGCAUCAACAGACGAGUAUGCGAAGGCAGCAUUGCGGUGGAUAGGUUAUGAAGCAAGGUGCACCCCAUAUUGGCCCCAUUCUCUGCAAUGGGCUUUGGUCUAUUUCUUACCCGAGUCUGCAGUUGAUGCCUGGCGACUCAGGGAUUGCCUGGGAUUCAGGAAGAAGGGAAAGCUCAAGGAUUCCAGGAAAAAGCAGGAACUGAUGAUGCAACUAGCUUCAUCAGCCUCUAAAAAUUAGUACCACUUAGAAUUACAAUGAACCUUUUUACUAAGUUCUUUUUCUUUGUUCAAUAAAAUACAGAUAUGUAAGGCUGUCCUCAACCCAAUAAUUGUACCCAUUUGUAAGAUGAUUUGGCAUGUCACAUAGAUUUCUUCUUCUUCUUUUUAUUAUCCUAUAUGUUUAACAAGCUUGCUAAGUACAUAAAAGGCUGUAAUUCGACAA